GCCCCAUCAUGAACGUCGCCUGGGUAGACGGUCUGUGGAUUAUUUUUGUCCACCUGAGCGUUUAUAUAUAAAUCAUGUUGCGCAUGAGCCCUUCACUCAAGAUACACAGCGAAAGGUGACAGACAUGAUCCAGAUAGCUGACAAGUUCAUCGUCGCCUUCUUGGCGUAUUUGGAGUUCUCAGCGACUCCUGCCAGUGGCAAUAUAGCCUGCGAAUGGGUCGAGAGAUUCGGAGGAUGGUGUCAUUCGUACGAGCGUCUCAAGUAUAAUGGUAGCUUGCUUACCUGCAGCUACAUGUGCGCUCUCCAGAAAUCCACUUCAUGCUACAACUAUGAGGAGAAGGAAUCAUCUUGUUUGGUAUUCGGCUUGCAUGCUAGGAACGGUGCAUGCUACAAUGGAGACUGUAUUCCAAUCCCACGGGCAAAGGCACUCUUCAAGAUGAUCACGCCCAAAAGAACUCUAGAUUGCGUGCCAGGUCAUGACUAUUUAUAUAACGACCAUGGACCUUUCGGGUGCAAAUAUUACUGCAACGAUGCUUCGGGGCAUGCCAACCGCCCCGACGGCAUAGUGUGUCAGAUGCUAAACACUGCCAAGAUCGGUAAAUGUGACGAAACGGGCAACUGUGUCUUGUGACCGGCUCAACGUAUCACAGCUCCAAUCAGCCCGCAAAUAAAGAAUAGCCACUAUA